GCGUAUUUCACGAUCUAUAUACGUAUCAUUCAUGUCGACUUUUUAGAAAAAAAUCCACGUAGAGUUUUCUUAUAGUAGUAAGUUUCCUCGCAACGACAAGCACAUUUGUAAUUGAUUUUUCUUUUGAUAUAAUUAUAAUUAAAAAAGGAAGAAGAAGGUCACAGAGAUUGAACAUGAUUCUCCACUUUCUUACCAUUCGUUGCUCUUCUUUUCCCACUUUCCACUCUUGUCUUCUUCUUCUCCUUCAUCUUACUUAACACAUAAGCCACCAAGCCAAAACAGAGCAACACAAACUCAAAUGGCUUCUCCUCCUCUAUACUUCUUCCUUCUCUUCCUCUCCGUCGUUUCAGCCGUCAAACUACCUCUGUCUGCAUUCUCCCACCACACAGACCAAUUAGUACCCACUGACCCUUACCUCCAUCUCCGCCGUCUCGCCGAUUCCUCCAUAGCCAGAGCCCAACAGCUCAAACAACCAAGCUCCAUUAAACCCAACGAAGAUGCUCUCUCGGCCUCCUCAGCCGCAGUCGUGAAAUCCCCUCUUACUCCUAAAAGCUACGGAGGAUACUCAGUCUCUCUAAGCUUCGGCACGCCGCCGCAGACCAUCCAUUUCGUAUUCGACACCGGAAGCAGCCUUGUCUGGUUCCCUUGCACCUCAAGGUAUAUCUGCUCCGGCUGCAAUUUCCCCGGUUUGGAUCCGACCCGGAUCCCAAGAUUUGUCCCUAAGGCCUCUUCCUCCUCACGGGUUAUCGGGUGUCAGAAUCCGAAAUGCAAGUUCCUAUUCGGACCCAAUGUGAAGUGCAGAGGAUGCAACCCGAAUGCCCACAACUGCACCGUCGCUUGUCCACCGUACAUUCUCCAAUACGGAUUAGGAUCAACGGCUGGAAUUUUACUGUCCGAAAAGCUUAAUUUCGCGGAUCUAACCGUACCCGAUUUCGUCGUCGGAUGCUCUAUUCUCUCGACCCGAACCCCCACUGGUAUCGCCGGGUUUGGACGAGGACGCGAAUCGCUUCCUUCACAGAUGAAUUUAAAAAGAUUCUCAUAUUGUUUGGUCUCUCGUCGAUUCGACGAUACAAAAGUAAGCACAGAUCUUGAUCUGGAUACCGGGUCGGGUCAUAAAACCGGUUCGAAAACUCCGGGUCUUAGCUACACGCCGUUUCGUAACAACCCGAACGUCUCCAACUCAGCGUUUCUCGAGUAUUACUACCUCAAUCUCCGGCGAAUAUUCGUCGGAAGGAAGCGCGUGAAGAUUCCUUACAAGUUCUUAGCGCCGAGACCCGACGGAAACGGAGGAUCCAUCGUCGAUUCCGGAUCCACAUUCACUUUCAUGGAGCGACCCGUUUUCGAGCUCGUCGCUGAGGAAUUCGCGGCGCAGAUGUCGAAUUACAGCAGAGAAGUGAAGUUGGAGAAGAUCACCGGACUUGGGCCGUGUUUCAGCAUCUCCGGGAAGGGAUCGAUGACGGUGCCGGAGUUAACGUUCGAGUUCAAAGGUGGAGCGAAAAUGGAAUUGCCGUUGUCUAAUUACUUUACGCUCGUCGGAGGCGUUGAUAACGUUUGUUUAACGGUGGUUUCCGAUAACACCGUUAGUUCCACCGGUGGACGCAGUGGUCCGGCGAUUAUUCUCGGGAGCUUUCAGCAACAGAACUAUCACGUGGAGUAUGAUUUGGAGAAUGACAGGUUUGGGUUCGCCAAGAAGAAGUGCAGCCCGUGAGUAUCCAGGGGUAAUUUCGUAGUUAACUUAAUCAACCGAUGAGACCAAUUUAAUUUUAUGAUUUAAGAGAUAUAUUAAUUUCCUUUACAAUAAAAAGGUUGUUAAAUGUUUGUAACUAAGAGAUAUAUUAAAGUUAAGAUCAAAUCUAAAUUUCUAUUAUCUGUAAUUAAUGGAUGCUAAAGGUGUGGAUGAGGAAACUAAAUAACAUGUGAAGUCAUUAGACAUUAGUCAU